GACUUCAUUAUAUAAUGAUAAAAUAAAUAAUCCCAAUUUCGAAUCCAUUCAAGCGUUAGGGUUUUCACUUAGCGAAAUUUCUGGAUUCCAUCUUAUUUUCCUCUCUCGAUUCUGGUAUGCUACACAGGGGCUGAGCCCCUACCUAAUUACGAAGGUUAUAAUUUUCUGGAAAACAUGCUGAUUUGGGGAAGUGUACUAUGCAUCUAGUUAUCUGAAGAUAGAUGUGCUGGGAGGAAUGAUAUUUUUUCUCAUACAAAGUUGUAGUGGUUGCGUCCUGUGCAGGAGAAGAAUCAAAGUGAGGCCCUUCUGUUUAAGGGGCUAAUAUGCCAUCUUAUAUGUCAAAACUACGAGGGCCAGUUAAAUUUCUAGGGUGGGAAGGUGGAUUGAAAAGUUCACUGGAGCUGCUUUUGGGGAAUCAGAAACUAUUGUGUGGCAAUUCUAAUCUAUUUCACUCGGUUCCUUAUUCCUCACUUACAGAGUUGCAUGCUCUCUUAAGACCUGACGCUAUUUCUGGUGCUAGUUCAGAGCUAGUUAAUCACCGGAGGAGUAUCUCAGUUCUUGGGGCAAUUUCUCGCACAUUUUCUAUUCCAUCAGUGUCAAGCCCUGCAUUGCAGACUUGUGGAUAUCAUAUUGAUUGUGCCAUUGCUGAAUCCUAUCAAUAUUCAACUCACAGCAAGUGUCAAGAUAAACCAAUGGCUGCUUGUGGUUCUAGAGCUACACUUGGUGAAUGUUCUCUUGAUAAUUUAAGUUUUAGGAAUGCUGCGUACUUGUCUCCUUCAGCGAUCAGUGCUGGUAUUUGUUUUAACAGUAGAAGUGUUGAUAGCUGUCGGAAAGCCAGUAUGAGUUUGAAAAAUCAAGAGCAGCCUAGCAAUAGUGUUAUAUAUGGAUACUUCACUUACAACGUUGCAAAAAGGUUUUGCAGUAGUUACCUACAAACUGUGUCAGGUGUAAGAGAUCUUCAUAGUUCAUCAACUUCUCAGUUUGCUGCUGGUUCUGCUCCCAAUGUGUCAUUUGAUAAUUCUGCACGGGAGGAACAACUUGCCAAUUCAACUGAUUCAUCUGAACAGAAGAUCUCGAUGGGCAAAUCAUUGAAACUGGUUUCUGGAUCAUGCUAUCUACCCCAUCCCGAUAAAGAAGAUACUGGUGGAGAGGACGCUCACUUUAUCUGUGUAGAUGAACAAGCUAUAGGGGUGGCUGAUGGUGUCGGUGGUUGGGCAGAUCUUGGUGUCGAUGCUGGACAGUAUUCCCGAGAACUCAUGUCUAAUUCGGUUAACGCAGUUCAAGAAGAGCCCAAGGGCUCAAUUGAUCCAGCUAGGGUCUUGGAGAAGGCUCACUCGAAAACAAAAGCCAAAGGUUCCUCCACUGCUUGUAUCAUAGCGCUUACAGAACAAGGUCUCCAUGCAAUCAAUUUAGGAGACAGUGGAUUUAUGGUGGUUCGGGAUGGAUGCACUAUCUUCAGAUCUCCAGUGCAGCAGCAUGAUUUUAACUUCACAUUUCAAUUGGAGAGUGGAAACAAUGGAGAUUUGCCUAGCUCUGGACAGAUUAAUUGUCCCCUUCCCUUAUAUCAAUCUGCCAUUCAAGAUAACAAUAAUACGAAAGGUAGUUCCUCUCCUCACAGAAACCUAUAUAAAUAUGCGAAGAACCUCAUAGAUUAAACAGGUUUGUGACUUCCUCACAUAUGGUUAACUUUAACUUGAACAGAUUUAAUUUGAAGUCCAUACUACCAAAUAAUAUCACGAAUUAGAAAAACUCCACCAAUUAUGGUAUAGAUCUUGGGACUGCUUUGCAAAUGAUCGUUAUUUUGAGUAAAAAUUGAUAUAAGUGGGCUUUUUUCCUCGAACUGCUUAAAUCUCACUUAGUUUUUUGUUAUUUCGUUUUAACUACUAUAUACCAAUGAAAAUGACCUGGGAACUACUAUUCCGAAGGUCCUAGUAUGAGUUGGGGGAAUAAGCAUAUUGUCUUCCCCCGCUCUGCUUGUGGUACAUCUUUUACAUUUCCACGUUAAUAAGGGAAGAGAAAAGGACAAGUGUAGUGUGCUCGUAAUUAUUUGUUGUUUGUUUUUUUCCCAGUUCAUGCUUCACAAUCUUGAAAGAUUGAAUGGUUUUGUUUGUAGAAUGCUAUAUUUUUCAGAAAUAGAGUGAACAGAGUUUGCAACCUUUCAAAAAUGGGAGGUCAUUUACUUAU